AAAAAAUGUUUUCCUCUUGACAUCUAAAUUGAGAAUUGUCUUCAACAUAUUGUGUUGUAUGUGCUACUUCUCGCUGAUGUAGUUACAGGAAAAUCUUCCCCUAUAGAGCAAGGAAACUCAUCAAUGCCAUGGCCCUCUGUUCUUCAUCCAGUGAUUUUCCAUACUAGUGAAAAUCUUGCCUCGGAUCAAAAUUCAGUAAUCUCUUAUAUCACGAGUCAUGUGUGGACUCCUCGAGGUGGUGCUGAGAACUAUUAUGGCAUUGAGGCUACAAUUGAUGUAUAUGGAUUUAAUUUACAACCCUGCCAAUUAAGUGCAUCUGGAAUUUGGAUUGUGAACAAAGGAGAUGGAAAACCAUCUUCAGCUAGUGGAUUUCAAGUUGGAUGGAGUAUUUUUCCGAGGUUCUACAAAGAUUCACAUACCCAUUUCUACACAUAUUGGACUAGUGGUGGAUCACUCACGAAGGGUUGCAGUGACAUGAUUUGUCCUGGCUUUCGAAAGACAUCAUCAAGUAUAGCUCCGGGAAGUAUCAUUAAUCCAGUUUCAGAUAUCCACGGCCAAAAAUCAUACAUUACAAUAAGAGUUUUCAAGGAUAAAUCUUCUGGUGACUAGCACAUCCAUUAUGGAUUAAACGGUGGUAUCAAACCAGUUGGCUAUUUUCCAAAAUCCUUGAUUCGAGGACUUAUUAAUAGGAAAGUUGAGAUUAGUUUUGGCGGCUCUGUGUCUCUCCAAAAGCCACAACCGAGUCCUCCGAUGGGAAGUGGCUACGCUCCAGCCGGUGGCAAUGCUGCGUCCUUCAACAAUAUCAAACUAAUUGAUGCCAAUGGCAAUGAUCAUCUUGUGAACACAAAUCUUCCAUUUCGUGUGGACCCCAAAAGAUGCUAUCCUAUAUCUUACAUUGAUUCAGGCAGGUUCUUUUACGGGGGAUCUGGAUGUGUUGAUUAAAUCUGGAUGCCCCAUAUAUGUACUUGAAUUUCUAAUAAAAUAAGAAAUGAUUGUUCAAAUUAAUGCCUUCAAUUGAUAAGGACAA